CUUCUGAUAUAAUAUAGAACAUAUAUAUCUUUCAUGAGAUCCUAGGACUGUCUUCCAUAGAGAUAACUAUGAUCUAGAUCAUAUGAAAAGAAAAUAAGAAACAAACACUUAAUACUAUAUUACUGGCAUUUCUUUUAAUCUUUUUUGUAGUGAAUAAGAAAAUGCAUGAUUUUCUAGCAGUUGAACUAAAACCUUCUUCUAAACAACUUUCAGGCCCACACACUCCCAAACCUACCGCAGAACACGCAUUGUUUUUCUCCCUCUCUCUAAUAUCGUAUACAAAGUGCUGAUUGGCCAAGCCAUGGAUACAGAGGAGUUCAGUUUUCCUAGAAUCAGUGAUACUUGUGCACACAACAUUGAUUCACCUCCUCUAUGGAACCUGUCACCAGCAGCAUCUCCUAAUCCCUACUACCAAGGAAACAAAAGAGUAGAAAAUGAGUGUUUUGGAGCAAAACUAGUAGCAGCUGAGGCUCACAGGAAGAGUUUUUCAUAUGUGGAAAAUAGAAAGAAAAGAUUUGGUUUAGAGGAGGAUGAGAACAGAAUGGACAUGUUGUGGGAGGAUUUCAAUGAAGAGUUGUAUUCAACAACAGGGUCUGCUACCUCUUCUUCAAGGGAAGUGGUUGAAUUAAGAUAUGCUCCAGCAUUAACUGUUGCAAAGACCAAUAAUAGUUCAUUGCUUCCAACUAAGAACAACAAGCCUGGCAUGGUGGUGAUUGUGAAGGUCAUGAAAAAGUUGUUCUCCAUCAACAAUUCUCAAGGUAAAUCAAGAAAUAGAGUGAGAUAAUUCUGUGAUCAUUUGUCAAUCAGGUGGCAAUUGGGGUUUUGGGUGCAUCAAGGGGGUUUAACUUAAUUAGUUUAACAAGAUACAGAGUUAUUGUAAACUUUUUAAUACACAUAUUUGAUAUAAAAAAAAAGGGUUCUUGGGAUGAUUGAUUUAGAAAGAAAUUUUCUUGCUUGAUUAGAAAGAGUUUGAGUCCAUGGGGGGAUUUGACUAAUUGUGCCUCUUGAAAAGCUAAUGUACAUGUAUAUAGAGAAUAUAAAUUAUGGAUUCUUUGAUUCAUUGUUACUAGUCA